AUAGAUGAUCCAAUUGGUUUCCCAGCAAGUAAUGAAAUGCGUUGACAUGCAGUGAUCCAGAAAGAGCGAAGUACAAGGAGGGGAGAUGAAGAAAAAGUGAGAUCGGCAAAGGAGCUGACAGACACGGUGCAGGGAGAGGAGGAGGGGGUGCUGGACAAACACACACAGAGAGGAGACAGGUGCUGACACGGGAGAUCGGCACAGGAGACCACAGGAGGGAUGCUGCUACUGAUGCUGGUUACAUAGCCCAGCUGUGCGCCAAGGUGGACGCCAUGCAGACCUUUCCCAUCUCUACCACCCUGUGAUGAAGAACCUUCCAUAAUUCGUCUACAUACGCAUUCCAGCAUGCCUUCCUUUUCGCCUACCCCUACGCCCAACUCCUCAAUACCCACCUCACCCUUAACAGGUUUGUCGUGCCAACUGGAUGAGUCCUACAAGCAUAUAUACCUACCAACCUGUUACAUCCUCACCUUCCUGCUGAGCAUGGUUCUGAACUCCAUUGUUCUCUCUCGAUGCCUACGUCGACCAUGGAACCCAUCGCUGAUCUACAUGUUCAAUCUGGCACUGAGUGACCUCAUGUACAGCUUGUCCCUGCCAUUCCUCAUCACAAACUAUAUUUUCCAAGACCGCUGGCUCUUCGGAGACCCCAUGUGUCGCUUGACACGUUUUCUGUUCUACUUCAAUCUCUACUGCAGUAUCUUCUUCUUAACUUGCAUAUCUUUCCAUCGCUACCUUGGUAUCUGCCACCCUAUGCGUUCAAUGAGGUUGGAAGCUAUGCGUUGGGUGAGAGGCACCUGUCUACUGGUGUGGACCUUGGUAUUUGCCAUGACCUUUCCAAUACUGCUCUUUGCUCGGACGGGACCACUGGAGGACACAGACAUAAUAACCUGCUGGGAUGAUGCCCUUGAUGAGGACCUUGAACGUUACAUGCCUUAUGGACUCUUUUUGCACAUAGCUGGCUUCUUCUUACCCUUUUCAUUAACUGCCUGGUGCUACUCAAGGGUGGUACGCACCAUCUGCCAAACUUUACGUGGGGGUGGUGUACCAGGGCCCGUUCCUGGUGUAGCCCAACGGCGCAAGUCAGUUCGAACCAUUGUCACCAUCACCCUACUGUUUGCCCUCUGUUUCCUUCCUUUCCACAUAACCCGCACAAUUUUCUUGACCAUGAGGGCACGAGGAGGUGGCCUAGGUGGAUGCCGUGCCUUAGGGGUGGUGGCUGUUUGUUACAAGGUCACCAGACCUCUGGCAAGUGCCAACUCCUUCCUUAAUGCUCUUCUGUACUUUCUGACUAAGGAACCCUGUGGGCGAGGAAUUUGGUGCAGGAAAGACAGAGAACAAAUAGGGAAAGUGGAAAAAAAGAGACCAGCAAAGGGAAACUGGGACAACAUCUAUCCUCAAUUUCACUAGUGCUGAGACUUUAGAAAUCACAGAAUUGGAUGUUUCCUAGACUUUUACGGCAAGGGGACAUCUAAAGACUCUAAACUGUUAUUUAUCUAAAAGGACAACACGUCUAGGUGGACAUCUUCUACGUAACUAUAGGCAUACUUCCCAAUGGCUACAGUAUGAUAGUGGUACAAACAAUAUAUGUGGCCUUAAAACCAAUAGAGAUAGGUUUGAUCAUACAUAAAAAGGAAGAAACACCAAAAACGUCAAGACCAACACGUCUUCAAGUAGGUUACGACAACAAGGCACACAAAAACUGGAAAAAUCUUUCAAAAAUGCCGAUUUUUAAGUAGAUUUAUUUCACAUUGUUCUUUGGGAAAUCUAAAACAAGAGGAUUACAUACAUUUUAGGUGAUUACGUGAUGGGGUUGUACAACUUUUACAAAAACUUUGGACUUUGUGUGGCCUCCAGUUGCUGGUGUCCACAGUUCACUUAUUUAAUUAACGUAAUGGAGAUAUACUGGAUUUGUAACGCUGAGCUCAACGCAGUUUGCGCUCUUAUGUUUUGGCAAACAUUUGUAUAAAAUAAACUCCUUAUUAACCCA